AGAAAAGAAGAAAAAAAAAACUGUUUCAUUUUGCAAAUGGGUUCAGAGACAUUCCUGGAAGUUAUUCUUGCAAUUCUCAUUCCCCCUGUUGGAGUUUUCCUUCGUUAUGGCUGUGGGGUGGAGUUCUGGAUAGAUUUGCUGCUGACAAUAUUGGGUUAUAUACCUGGGAUAAUAUAUGCCAUUUAUGUAUUAGUUGGAUAGCAAUUGCUAUUUUAAUUUUUUUAUUUUUUAUUUUUUAUUUUUUUGUUUUUCGUUUUAAUGUUGAUGAAGCAACUCUUGGUGUGUUUG